AUGCGAUCAUUCCAUAUAAUUACAGCCUUGGCAACCCUUUUCUUCAUAUCACCCGCCCUAUCCCAGCAAUGCAACGGCCAUAGCGAACUCUGCUCGAGACCAUAUCAUCAAAUCGCAUUCGCCGGCACUCACAAUUCUUAUUCGGCUGUUAAAGGCAAUCCCGCAGCGAAUCAAAACUUUCCAAUCAGCACUCAGCUCAACGAUGGUAUCCGUUCAUUCAUGCUUGAUGGACAUAAGCCACCGGUCGGCUCUGGCGUUCAGUUAUGCCAUACCUCGUGUCUUUUAGAGAAUGCGGGUAACGCCGUAACCGUGUUAAAAACAAUCGCUGAUUUUCUGGGAGCGAACCCCAAUGAAGUGAUAACAAUUAUUUGGGAGAAUGCAGGAAAUCUAGAUGCUAACACAUAUAAUACGGCCUACCAGCAGGCAGGAUUGGAUAAAUUUGCAUAUACACAACCAACAGGGCAGCAACAAUGGCCCAGUCUUUCCGAAUUAAUUAGCAAGGGGAAGACAUUGAUUAAUUUCAUCGAUACUGGAGCUUCGCCCAGUGUGCCAUGGCUUCACGACGAGUUUACUUACGUGAUCGAUACGCCCUUCACUACCACGGACCCGAACGCUUGGAAGUGUGUCGUUGACCGUCCACAAGGUGGCUCGCCCGCUAAUAUUGGUCUGUAUAACAUCAACCACUUCCUCUACGGCGCGUUGGGCAAUUCGAAUGUCGAAAUUCCUCAACCAGGAUCCGCAAGCUCGACCAACGGACCCAAUCUCGAACAGCAUGCACAGCAAUGUACAAAGGCGUUCGGACGGAUUCCCAACUAUGUAUCGGUUGAUUUCUACGAUCAGGGCAGUCAAGGUGUUAACAUCAUUUCAGUCGUAGCGGAAUUGAAUAAUGUAACAUAUACGCCCAAGCCGUUGGCUCUUGUGAUGGUUGGAUUGUUGUAG